AUGCUUAAAUUUCAGAAGCUAUUAUUCAAGCGUGGAGAAUUGUACUUGGACAAAGUUCUUCAAUGUGGACAGGCUUUCCGAUGGAUAUUUCAUGAAGGACUUGGGCAAUAUUCUACCACAAUGAGGAUUGAUGACCGCUUCAGAAUAGUAGUUUUAAGACAGCUGGAAGACAACUAUAUCGAAUAUGCCAGUUUAGGUGCUGAAGAGUGCUCUAGCUUAGGCAGCUUCCUAAAAAGGUACUUUAGGCUUGAAGUACCGCUCUCAGAGCUCUAUGAAAACCAAUGGCUUCCUCGAGACUCCAGGUUCGAGAAAAAAAGACCACAUGGCAUCCGCAUAUUGAGUCAAGACCCAUGGGAGACCUUGCUUUCCUAUAUUUGCUCUAGUAAUAACAACAUCUCGAGAAUUACAAAAAUGUGCCACGCACUGUGCAUUGAAUUUGGUAAUCCAGUGGGACAAUACGACAAAGUAGACUACUACUCUUUUCCCACAAGCAAAGAGCUUGUCGAGAGAGCGUCAGAAGAGAAACUGCGAGCAUUAGGUUUUGGGUAUAGAGCCAAAUUCUUGAUGAAAACAGCAGAUAAAAUGUUGAAAGAGCGGCUCGAUAUGUCUGACACUCAAUAUCUUGAGUCUUGGAAAGACCAUUUGGAGUAUGAGCAAGUCAGAGAAAGAGUUAUGGGUUUUGAUGGAGUAGGCCCUAAAGUUGCUGAUUGUGUCUGCUUAUCCGGAUUGGAAAUGGAUGAGGUCGUGCCUGUAGAUGUGCAUAUCGCGCGCAUUGCGCAAAGAGACUACAGGUUUGUACCAAGAAGACAGGAUAUAGAGGAGCUUCAAAUUAGGUAUAAAAACUUGCCAAUAACCCGUAAGAAGGUUAAUUACGAGCUCGACCUUAUUCGAGCUAUGUUCAAGGAGAAGUGGGGCGAUUUUGCAGGGUGGGCCCAAGGCAUCGUUUUCGCUCAAGAAGUUGGCAAGACAAUUGGAGCUACUAGCGAGGGCACAACGUCCAGACGGAAGCUGGAAUUUGAAGUCAAGGUUGAGUUGCCGAGCCAGGGCAAUAGCGUGAAAAGGGAGCUUGACGAAAUGGUGGAGGAGGAAAUUGAAUACUCGGAUACUGGCCGGCCUAAAAGAAAGACAACUAAACGCGUUGAAUACAGGUUUAAAGGGUGA